AUGAGUACUAAGCAUUUCUUCCACCAAACAGAGGGCGUCGUGGUCCAAGGCCUGGAGUGCCUCGUCGCCAGGAACAGCCAUCUUGCCCUCGAUGCCCCCCACAAGGUCGUCUACUCCAGGACACAUCAUCCCUCGAAGGUGACUGUUAUCUCGGGCGGCGGGAGUGGCCACGAGCCAGCAUGGAGCGGCUACGUAGGCGAUGGGAUGCUCGCAGCUGCUGUCAACGGCGAGGUCUUCGCCAGUCCUUCCACCAAGCAGAUCAUGGCCGCGAUCAAGCACGUGCCAUCAGAUGCAGGUAUCAUCCUCUGCAUCACGAAUUAUACUGGGGACAAUCUGCAUUUUGGACUGGCAAGAGAGAAAUCGGAAGGUCUAGGGUACAAGGUUGGCAUACUCAGGAUGACGGAUGAUGUGGCACUGGGCAGGAAACAGACGGAGAACACGGGACGAAGAGGAUUGGCUGCCAAUAUGUUUGUUCUGAAGCUGUGCGGCAGCGCUGCAGAAGCGGGCUACGACUACGAGAAGUGUAUGAAGAUUGGCCUCUCCGUCAAUGCGAACGCCGUCACUGUUGGGUCGUCUCUAGACCACUGCCACAUUCCGGGCAGAGAGCAUCACCGAUCAAUACCACAGGACGCGUACGUGCUGGGGAUGGGCAUACACAAUGAGGCUGGACUACACGAGAUCUCGCCCAUGCCACCCGUUGAGGACCUGGUCGGGGACAUGCUGAAGUACUGUCUAGACCCAACCGACAAAGAGCGAGCUUUUGUCGAGUUCAGGCAAGACGAUGUGGUCUGCCUUCUCAUCAACAACUUUGGUGGGAUGUCUAACUUCGAGAUCGAAGCUUUAACGAGCGUUACUCGGAAAGUGUUGGAGCGCGACUGGAAGAUUAUACCCAGGCGGAUCUUUGCCCAGGACUUCGAGACCUCGCUUAAUGCUCCUGGGUGGUCCAUCUCGUUGCUCAAUGUGUCAGGUAUCGAACGCGAGACAAAAACAAGCAUAUUCACCUUGAUUCAUCUCCUUGACCAGGACACAACGGCUCCAGCAUGGCCUAGGAAUGGUUACAGGGAAAUCGUGCCCGUCAAAGAAAAGGCUAAGCUGUCAGUAGACAGCGCUACAGAAGCUGCCGCGAAGCAAGGGCCCACGGUGGACGCUACAGCCCUGGACUCGGCUUUGAGGAGUGCAUGCAACGCUGCGAUCCAGGCGGAACCAGAUAUCACCAAGUGGGAUAUUCAAAUGGGAGACGGGGACUGUGGUGAGGCUGUUGUGGGCAUGUGCAAAGGAGUGCUUAAGAAGUUGAAUGCAGGUUUGACGAACGAGGGGUCUUUCUUCCAUACCCUGGACGAGGUCGGCGAAGCAGUGGAGGAGAUUGGUGGCACUUUGGGCGCAAUAAUCAGCAUCGUCCUGGCAUCUUUCACGACCAGUUUGAGGCAAGCAUACGCCAGAGACGAGAGCGGGUUUUCUCUCGACACGAAGAGUGCCGGCCAAGCUGCUGGAGCGGCUCUGAAGAAUUUGAUGAAUUACACCAGCGCAAGGCAGGGCGGGAGAACAGUCAUGGACACGCUGAUACCGUUUUGUGAGGCGUUGGAAAAAGACGCUGAUCUUGCCAAGGCCGUGGAUGCUGCCCAGCUGGGAGCUCAGAGCACAUCAGGCAUGAAAGCUAGCUUUGGAAGAGCUACAUAUGUUGGUGAAAGCGCCGAGACAAAGCAGGACGCACCUCCAGAUCCAGGAGCGAUGGCAGCAUUUAUUUUCUUGCAGGGUCUCCUAUCUGGCCUCAAGCAGUAG